AUGUCAUCCGCCCAAUCUCCAACUGUUGACCCUCUGCUUUUCUACAAGUCAUCGCCGUCCUCCUCCAAGUACGGUUCGGCGGUCGGGGUCGGGAGCGCCUUUCCUCCGGAGGUGGAGGUUCCACGCUGGUUGAGGUCCUUGUCCGAAGGCCCGACCAAUCUCUGGAGGGUUUUCCUCAAGCAGAAUGACGCGCUCGCCUUCUCCCAGCGGCACGGCGACGGCCUCAUGACGUUCGCGUUCCAAGACAAGGAUGGCACGAGGAGAUUCCUCUCGGCACACCCUGUCUUCUUCUGGUUCUACGACAACAACCACAAACUGCCACAGGACCGAUGCACUUUCGAAGUCAUCACAGAAGGUGCCGUGUGCAAACUCUACUUCGAUUUGGAGUUUGAGAAGGCUCACAACAAAGAGCAUUGUGGUGUUCGAAUGACUGACACAUUUAUUAAAAUUGUGUCACAUUUUCUGAAGGAAGAGUUUGAUGUUUCUUGUGCUAGGUCUAAUGUGCUAGAUUUAGACUCUACUACCGAUGUGAAGUUUAGUCGACACCUUGUGUAUCAACUACCUAAAAUAUAUUUCAGGGACAAUUAUAAUGUUGGCAAUUUUGUAAGGAUGAUAUGCAAUAAGUUAAGAUUGGUCAUGCAUUCUCAGCCAGCAUUGCAUGAUUUUUGUGUCAAGUUGGGAUUACCCGAGGGAGAUGUUCAAGGCCUAUUUGUUGCCGACAAACAUGGAGUGAUGAAGACAUUUUGUGAUGAAGCUGUCUACACCAAGAACCGACACUUUCGUGUGUACAAAUCUACUAAAUGGAAGAAGAAUUCUCCGUUGCUGUUAAGUCAGGAAAACCAAUAUCAACCAGUGUUGUUGGGAAGACAACGUCUUGCUGAGAAACAAUUGUUCUUGGAUUCUCUUAUAACGUACAUUGGUGAAACCCCUCAGGACUUCACAAUUUUGGAGUUUGGAACUCAACAGAAAAUGUAUGUUGUGGAAAGUGUGUCUAAACUCCCUGAAUGCCCUGUUGUGUCAGAAGGUGUUAGAUCUCCCCACCCAGUUGUAGAUAGGUUUGUUCAACGGCUUGUGUCGCCUGGCCUUAUUCGACGUUCCACAUACUCGUCUUCCCUAAACAGAAUAGUGUAUGAUAUAUCUGGAAACCGAUUCUGCGUCAAUGUUGGAAGGCAGCACAAAAGUAAUAAUGUCUACUAUGUUGUGGACUUGUCUAGAUUCUACUAUUAUCAAAAAUGUCAUGAUCCUGAUUGUUCAGGGUUUCAAUCCAAGGAGGAAUGCCUUCCUCCUGAAAUAGUAUUUAUGUUAGAGAAUGAAGGUGACACAUUAUUUGAAUCUUUGUCAGUUAUGUCUGACAAAGAGUUGUUUGAUACUUGGAGUGCUGUCAACUGUGCAGCUGAAUUAGAAGAGUCUUUGGGGCAAGAUGAUUCUUUGGAACCUUUUCCAGAGUUUGGCAUGUCAGAUACAGAGCUACUGAACUCAACAGCUGAACUGGAAGCAAAUGACAUCUAA